AUGGUAGGAUAUUGGUGGGAAAGGGUAAAUUAUCCAAAUGCCCUUCUUUGUAGUGUGCUAUUUUCCUUGGGACUCGCAACCGUUAUGCGUUGGACAACUCAUCGUUGGAGUCGUCAGUUACAUCUUCACUCCAGAGUGGUAUUACUGGCUUCUAUACGUCAGGUUGUGGAGCAGUGGGAAGAAUCUUGUUUGCGGGAAGUGGAGGAUUUUCUCAUUACCGGAAAAAAAACAUCUAAUGAGUUGACAAGAGAGACAUAUAAACCUCUUUUUAAUUCUGUUAAGACAAAUGGAGAUAAGGAAAGAAAUUAUAUUUCACCAUUUUAUGGUUCCGUUCGUUCAAUGGCGUUUGCACCGGAUGUGGAUUUAAACGGCUGGUUAAGUUAUUGGCGUAUGGGUCGUUAUUUGUGUGCCUCGUUAGCAGAAGAUUUGCUAUUAGUAGAGAGAUUAGGGUUCAUUAUAAAGUAUGUUGCAUUUCGACGACUCUCUCUUAUGGCAGAGGCUCGAUAUUAUGCAGCCGCUUGGCGAAUUGCGGUAUAUGGAAGUUGUAAACAUCGGCCUGGUGUUUAUCUUCCUAAACCUCAUAUUCCUUUAUGGCUUGUAGGACGACGUCCUUUCUGGAUUGUGCCUCUAUCUAGUGUAGAAGUAGGACGAUUUUUAUGUCUUCCUCUAAGUUAUUUUCCAGUGGAGUCCAUUAUUACUUGUAAAGCAGAGGAAACGUGGAUAAAAGAACUUGUGGAUGUAUUACCAAGUAUGGAGAGUAGAAUACAUAUCAUGUUAAAUUUUCCUCAUGAGAUUAAGACACGACGAACACUUGGAAUAGUAAAAUCUCUUGUUAAAUGGAGAUUUCCAAAAUCGUGGCAACAGUUAUGGAAAGAAAUUGAUCGUCUUUUCUUUACAUAUGGUGUAACACUUGCCAAAAAACAACUUGAAAUACGUAAAAAAUCAUGUGAACGAUUCUAUUAUGAAAAAUUAAUUGAUAAUAUUAUUUUGGUAACUGGAGAAGGAUGUGAUAUGGAUGAAGUUAAAGAAAAAUAUUCUUCUUGGUUUAUUUCCAAUAGUAUAAAGAAUAUAGCUGGUCGUGAGGUUUUGUAUCGUGAUACUUCUUCUUCACAUAAAUUAUAUUUAUUGCUUCGAUUGCGUUCUUUAAGUCAUGCAUUACGAAUAGGGAUAAAUUUAAUAGCACUACAAUAUGAUUUUUUCACAGAAUGGAUGCUUUUUUCUUCUCUUUUAUUAACUAAUAAUGAAAUGGGACGUGAGAAAAUUUUAAUAAACUUCUCUUGGCAUACUCUAAGAGGAGUUUUUGCAGCUAUUUUUAAAGCUUUAAUAGCUUCAUUAGAUGCUUCUAUAAAAAAUAAAAUCUAUAUUAUUUUGCGAGAUGAGUUAAUUCAUGAAUUAACUGUAAAACUUGCAACAAGUGAUGAAGCUUUUUUACAACGUUGUGUUGAAGAAGGUUUAUGUGGAGGUGGUAAUUUAGUAGAACAAUCAUUCUCAUUCGCUAGUAAUGUAGCAUCUCAAAUUCUUGAUCACUAUGAUUAUAAAGAGCGAAAACGAAUAGGGUAUAUUCUUGUAAUGCUUUUCAGUACAUGUAGGAAAGAGAUUGAUAUUGCAUUCUUUGCUUUAAUUACGGCAUUACUAGAUUAUCAUGAUAUUGCACAAAAUAUUAGUUGUUGUUUAGGAAUAACUAUUAAAAAAGAAUUAAACUAUGAAAUAGCACAAUUAGAGGAAAAAACAGUACCAGUAGAGGUGCGUUAUGGAUUACGACUUAUGCUGGAUAUAUUAGCGGAAGAAGAAGAAGAAGUAGUAGUAGUAGCAGUAGUAGUAGAAAAAGAAAAAGAAGAAAAAAUAAAAAUAAACUUUCAACCUUUUCUUGCUCUUAUUGUUUGUGGGGGAUGUUUUUCUUUGGACUGGCCUAUAGAGUGUAUUUCUAAUGAUAAUAAUGUAUCAAAAAAAUUAAAAGAAAUUCGAUCACUUGAAAAUUUUUUUAAUAACGUUAUUCAAUUCGAUUACUAUAAAUAUCAAUCCUUGAUGUAUAGUGAUUCAAAUAAAUCUUUUUUACAAGAAAAAGAUAAGAAUUCCUUUAUAGAAAGUCUCAAGCAAGAUGCAGCUUAUGUAAAAGAGAUUGUACUAAAAAAAAUGAUGGGUUUUCCUGAAGUAGUUUCUGAUAAAUUUCUCUUUUCUAAUGUUAAGAAAACAGAAUCCAUUUCAAUUUUACAUCAAGAAGAAAUUGAUCUAUUACGUUAUCCUAAAGCAAUGAAUUAUAUUCCACAAUCACUUUCUUUUGAAGAUGUAUUUGAUAAAAAACCUCGAUUUAUUCUUCGUCAACUUGGACUAGAAACAAUAUUUGCUUAUAAAGCUGCAAUAGUACUUUGGCAAAGUGGAUUUCGUAACCUUAAAGAUUCUCUUGUUGAUUAUGUUUCAAGUCCAUUUCGUAAUGGUUUUUCACAAAUAUUUAUUCAAUUAAUGGAAUUUAUGGAAAAGGUUUUAUUUUAUGGUCUUCUUACUUAUCGUGAAAAGUUACCUUUAAUAUCGUAUUUGAUUAAUUUAAAUUUUUUUGGUAGUAAAACUACAAAUAUUAAUGUUAUUGAUAUAAACAAUUGGAAUUAUAUUUCGCUUUGGCAACAUGCAAUUGGUUAUCGGGUAACGCUAAAAGAUUAUGGGGAUUAUAGUUUUGGACCUCCUUUUCGCUUAGUACAGGAACUAACCCGUUAUUUACCAACUACUUUACAUGAUGCUUCUCCGGAUCAAUACGCACCUUCUUUGGUAGAUCGCCGUAGGGUUUGGCAAAAAGAAAUUAAAAAAAUUGGAAAUUUUGAAUUUGAUGAUAUUGGACGUAUUAUUGGAGGUUUUUCUCUUAGUAAGAGUAUUGAUUUCUAUCAAGUUUGUUUUGUUUAUCCACAACUUCAUCAUAACAUUAAAAAUGGUUCAUUAAUGUUGACUUUAUAUGAUUUUACAGCAAAAUUUCGAGCAGGUGAAAUAACAGCAUUAAUUGGAGAAACAGGAUCUGGAAAAAGUACAAUAAUGCGUUUAUUAAAGCGUAUGUAUGAUCCUGUAAGGACGAUAAAAAUAGACGAAAAUUUUAAUAAUAUGAUAUGGAUGAAUUGUGAAGAGUUAAUAAAUAUUUUUCGUUAUUGUUAUCUAGAACUAUCUUUACCUUUGCCUAAUAAAGAAGAUUCUGCAAAUAUUAUUCGUCUUGAUGGGAUACCUAUAGCUUGUUUUUCCACAACUUUUCUUCGAAAAGCUUUUGGUAUACUUGAACAAAACCCUUGUGUAUUUGAAAAUAUGACUUUUUUUGAAAAUAUUUCUUUUUUUGCAGAUAACGCUUCUGUACGAGAGAUGGUGAUUACUUCAGCGAGGGUUUGCCGAUGUGAAAGUUUUAUUAAAAACCAUCCUUUGUCGUAUGACGCGCCGGUCGGAAGGCUCAGCGCCGGGGAACGGCAACGUUUGGCGUUGGCGCGGGCACUUGUGAGCAGCCGCGCCGGUUCAGGUUUGUUUUUGUUGGACGAACCGACGGCUCAUUUGGAUGGGCACAGCGAGGGUUGCGUGGAGGAAGCCCUCGCCGAAUUCAUGCGGGCACGGGGCGGUUCAACCGCCAUUAUUAUUUCCCAUCGGCCGUCCGCCCUUCGGCUUGCUGGUCGGGUGGUCCUUUUGGGCGACGGCGGCCGGUCAAUGUACGAAGGGCCCCCCUCGGGUCUGGGGAAAGGGGCGGUUUUAUGA